AUGGAAUGGUCUUUCUCUAGCUAUAGAUCAAUUGUUAGAGACGACGAAGUUAUUGAUCAUGAGGAGGAAUUCAGUACUGACAAUGCAGUGAUCCUUGAAUUGGAGCAUGUAACUCCUGCCCAGGGUGCUCCGCAUGGAUCAUCAGACUGGUCCCAGCUUGGUGGUGGGAACUUAGUGCCGAAGGAGUCUAUUUUUCCGUCUGGUAUGAAGGCUCUAGCAGAUUAUGUCCACAGCAAAGGGCUCAAGCUUGGAAUUUAUGGAGAUGCUGGUUUGGUCAAGAAAUCAAGGUUGUGCACUUGCAGCAAGGCCAUAAUGUAUGUUGACCUGAUACUUGAGCUAAAACAAGCUGAUCAAAUGAGUGCAUGUAACCCUGACUUGCGCCAAGACAAUGCCAGGAUUGCUUGGUUACAAGCAACAGGAUGCGGAAACCUUAGCCUCAUGGCCUGUUUUCUCAAGGGAAUCGAUUACCUGAAAUAUGAUAAUUGCCAUAAUGAUGGGGAGAGCCCACAAGAAAGGGGUCAGGACAAUCCAGCAACUUGGGCAGCUGGUAUAGGGAAUAGUUGGAGGACUACUGGAGACAUCAAAGAUACGUGGGAUAGCGUGACGUCCCGUGCUGAUCAAAAUGAUGAAUGGGCAUCUUAUGCUGGACCUGGUGGAUGGAAUGAUUUAGACCCAGACAUGCUUGAGGUGGGCAAUGGGGGCAUGUCUACAGAAGAAUACCGCUCUCGCUUUAGUAUCUGGGCUUUGAUAAAGGCUCCACUUGUUCUUGGGUGUGAUAUCCGCUCCAUGGACAAUGACGCAUCAGAGUUGCUAAGCAAUAAAGAGGUUAUUGCAGUAAAUCAGGAUAAGCUUGGAGUCCAAGGAAAGAAAGUAAAGAAAACUGGAGAUUUAGAGGUAUGGGCCGGUCCUCUAAGUGAGAAGAGGAUAGCAGUGGUCUUGUGGAAUAGAGGGUUAUCAAAGGCUUCUAUAACUGCAAAUUUCAAGGACAUUGGACUCAGAUCAUCAGCAGUGAUCAAUGCUCGUGACCUCUGGGCGGUCAGACUCUGA